AUGACAACCUUCAAACUAAACACCGGCGCAACCAUCCCGGCCCUAGGCUUCGGCACCUGGCAAGACGCAGACGCACAGGAGAACGCCGUGGCAGAAGCCCUAAAAGCCGGAUACAGACACAUCGACACCGCGCGAGUGUAUGGAACGGAAAAGGCAGUCGGCGCCGCAAUUAGAAAGUCCGGCAUCCCGCGCAAGGAGAUCUUCCUCACGACCAAGCUGUGGAAUAACAAGCACCACCCGGACGACUUGCCGCAGGCUCUGGCAGAUUCGCUGAACGACUUGGGCCUGGAAUAUGUUGAUCUUUAUCUCAUGCACUGGCCGGUCGCGUUCAAGCGCGGGAGCGAGCAGUUUCCCAAGACGGACAAGGGAGGACCUGAUGUGGUUGAUACCGAUUAUCUCGAUACAUACAAAGCAAUGGAGAAGCUUAUUUCAACGGGAAAAGUAAAGGCUAUUGGCGUUUCGAACUUCAGCAAGGCCGAGAUGGAGAGACUCCUUGAGAAUGCCACCGUCCCGCCAGCUGUCCACCAGCUUGAGGGCCAUCCAUGGCUGCAGCAGCGAUCGUUCGCCGACUGGCAUAAACAGAACAACAUUCAUGUAACGCAUUAUUCGCCGUUCGGGAACCAGAACGAGAUCUACUCGCGGGAGGGCAAGAUUGGCCGUUUGAUUGAAGACCCGGUGAUCGUUAGCAUUGCGAAGAAAAACGGAAAGACUCCGGCACAGGUGGCCCUUGCCUGGGGCGUCACCGAGGGUCAUUCGGUUCUGCCCAAGUCCAAGACGCCGGAGCGUAUCAGAGCCAAUUUGGAGGGGGACUUUAAAUUAAGUGAUGAGGAUGUGAAGCAGAUCAGGGGAAUUGACCGCAAGCUGCGGUUCAACGAUAGCAGUGAGGACUUUGGAUAUGAGCUAUUUGCAGACUUGGAUGGGAAGAAAUAG